AUGAACGAACACGUCUUUGUGUCUCGUUUCCUGCUCGCAGAAUAUUGCCUUGGGUUCUCUACACCAUCCGGUUUUGGCGGAUUGGAGGCUUUGCCACGCCGCGUGGUCCGGAUUGUACUGCUCAGCGAACGGCGGUCAAGGAAUUUUCCGGAGGCGCUGGAUGAGUGGUGGAACAAUGGUCGGUGGAACUUCUGGCUUAGUAAAAUAUGGUUAGCUAGAUUAAUGUCAAUUGCGCUGGAUGGCAGCGGGUUCCUCCGAUAA